GCUGGAGCGAGAUCGGAGGAAAGCAGUGUUCGCUCGGCGUCGGCGACGACCGCCUCUUCCUAUCCUACCGCUCACGAAGCCUGCCUACUUACCGCGCGCAACAUUCGAAAAAUUGUAUUCAUAAUUCCUGAUUAGGUACAUUAGUCGAUAUCGAUAUGUCGGUCAAAGUUGCUCUCGCGCUGGUGCUAGCGAUAGCCGUAGUGGCACACUCGGCGAGCAUUUUAGAUUUCAUAGACAAAGAUGUAGCAAAAAGGCUGAUCGACACUCCGGAAGUCCGCAAUGAGCAACAACAGCAGCAGAACCGCAACUGCAUGUGCAAGGGACCCGCGUGCGUCUGCUGCGUAGACUUCAACAUGACUCUCGUGGACUUGGGAGGACCGGGAUGUGUCCACAUGAAGUACGUGUCUCCAGAGGAAGGGUUUUCAGUCAACGUUUCCUACGGCAAAAAUCUUAUCCACAGCUCGAAAAUUCAAGGAGCUAACCCUGCUCCAAUAUGCUUGGAAGUGUUCGGAAAAUUCGCCCAAGUUUGCGCGAAGUUCAGUGACCUGGCGCCUACGGCUGACGGUCUGCGAGGCUGCUUAGAACUGGAACCUCGUCUGUUAGGAGAAACUCAGUUGGAGUUCCCCAUCGGCUGCUUCAAGUCUUCUGCAGGAGGAAUGGAAAUGGAAGACCCGCCUGCUGAGACUGAAGAAACCACCGAAGAAAAUACCGAAGAGAAUACCGAAGAAAACGGCGGUUUCGAUGCCGAAACUUUUCUACUAGGAGUAUACCAGACCGCCGAGCAAGGCGUCGCCUUCCUUAGCAGCAUCCUCGACCUACCCAACAAACUGAACGCCACCAGAAUUACCACCACUACCACCACCACUACUCAGAAACCAGAAGAAACUAGUCCCGUUGAAGCUGCGUCUCAAAGAAGAGCUCCCAAGAACCUAAAACAUCCUAACCAACUGUGAUAUCCAUAUAAAUAACCGAUCUUGCUUACAUAAAAACAAAAGAUCGGUCGCGUAUCUUUAAGAAUGCAUAUCGACAAUUCAGUCCUAUUUUAAUACUAAGUACAAAUCAGCAUUUUUUAUGUUCGCUUUUUGCACAAGGAACGAGCUUCCGAACUGAGCAAGGUUUCCUAUUUAUUACUUUUAAGUUAAUGGUUUACUAAUAAAAUAUUUUUAUAGA